GUUGCGGUCGACUUUAAGCACAGUUUUCCGUUCCGCCAUUCUCCCGCCUACCUAAAUGCAUAGGAGGAUUUCUUCUCUACGCUUGGCAUCAGGCGUAAUUAUGCUUGAAUGAAGCGUUCGACUGCACUCCAGUUUUACCCGUGAAUUUGUCGAAACUUUGUCAGCUUCAAGGAGAGCGAGAAGAAGAGCACCUUGUUAGCCCAGCAGUAAUCUUUGAAGUGCCGCUGCCCCUUAUCUUUUGGAGCGAAAUGACCUCGGAUCAAUGCCCCGCGCCACGAGUCAGGAUCGAGUCCGGCGAGCUCUUGGGGCUGUGCAGGGCUGCCAACCCGCAGACAGGGAUUCCCCAGUACGCGGCCUUCCUCGGUGUGCCCUACGCCAAGCCACCCCUCGGGGAGUUGAGGUUCAAGGCGCCGCGUCCGGUGGAGCAGUGGCCGGGCGUCCGCGAGGCCGUGCGCUUCGACCAACGGUGCAUCCAGGGCAGUGCGGAGGCACAGUCCGGCUCGGAGGACUGCCUGCACGCCAACGUGUACUCGCCCUGGCUGCAGAGGCCCCAGAAUGAGGUUUUACGUCGGUGCGUUUUAAAGCUAGACCCGAAUCCAAACUUGGUCAACUCUAUGCGGGAAAUCGUACCUCAUACUACCACCUAA